AUGUCCGAACCAAGUGAGACCGGAGGCCUCCCAUUGGACUUGAACACACACCAGCAACAGCAACCUACAGGCAGCACCAUUCAUCAACCAUCACCACCUCGUGUCGACUACCGCAAAACAUCACAGUCAUCUAACGAUCUACCCAAAGCAUCCAAGGCUGCCAGCCCUCGCCGUCGUCCUGGAACCACCAAACAAGCGCCGUCCGGCCCCCACACCGGUUCCUCCCGCUCUGAAGAACAGCCAGGCUUGAGCCCUACCAACAUGUCAUCUCACAACAACAUCCAUUACACCCGGACUGGGCGUAUCAGUAAAGCAAAGAAGGGACUUAAAGUUCAUAAUUGCGAGAACUGUGGAAGAGAAGAUGCGCUUAUCUGCCAAGUCCCUGGAUGCGGCAAGACCUUCGUCCGUGUUGAUCUUCUCCAAAGACAUCAGGAGCGACAGUACGCGGAACCCAGAGUGGUCUCAACAGCCAUGCUGACUUCCAACAGCAACGAGCCUGCGAGAGACUCUCCCGAGCAAAGUCCAGAAGGCUCCCCAGAGCCCACAUCCAUGUCUUUGCCCGCUCUCGAGCAGCCUAUGAUGGAGAUGACAACCAACUCCGCAAGCACAUCCUUUUACGAGACCGUAUCUCCCGUGCAGGAGACGGCGCCAUUUACAAGCCAACCAAAACAUCAUCGCUCGCACAUCAACCGCCAGUCUGGAUCAAUGUCGGUAGCAAUGGAAGCUAUGACACCGGCUCUAUGGCACGAGCCAUACAGUCCCACCCCAGGGUACUCCUCAUCGAGUGGGUAUGCAUCGCCGAUCGCAUCGACCGACUUCUCCGUGUUUGGCAACCCAUCCUAUCGAGCACGCACGCCCUCGAACGCAUCCAUGAUGGACCCAUCCUGGGGAUACCCAUCACGAUCGCCGGCCUCGACCACCUCAACGAUGGCAUACACAUGGGGUUCGAACGACAAGGGAUCAACAGCCCCUAACCUCGCCUACAUGAACGCAUGCUCCUUCCCUAUGACGAACAUGUCGAUACCGACAAGCAUGGAUGCGAUGACCGGGUACGGACACUUCGGUCCUAGAACACUGGUCCAGAGGGACGAAGAAGAGGGGGUGAUGCUCUUUGGAGAAGAACAAUAUGGUAUGGCUUCGAUCGCACACACCCAACCGUUUGAGCAAUAUCUUGACUAUUUCUGGAGGCUCUUUCAUCCCACUUUCCCCAUUGUCCAUCGACCUACCACUCUGAACCCGUCACCGAUGCUGCGCGCGGCCAUGAUCGCUAUCGGCAGCCAGUACUCGGCCGAUUCGAGCGACAAGAAAAAGGGCCGAGACCUCCACGACCGAUGCUUGAAAUUGCUUGAAUGGAGGGAUCUCAAGGGUUCGACGGAACCGGACCGGUUAUGCGAUUUUCAGGCGAUGUUUCUCAUUGAGGUGUUGUCUCAGUACCGUGCUCGUCGGGCAGCCAAGGUCUUGUCGUCACGCUUCGACAAGGUAUACCACAAGGCGGUUGAAGAUUGCAGGAGCACGACUUCGAAAGCAGCAGAGCUAUUAGCUAGCCUCGCACAACUCGAGCAGGUCACACCGGAGCACUGGACCAGCUGGGUUGAGCUAGCUACCUGGCAACACUUGUUCUUGUCUUGUUACAUCCUUGAGUCGCAGCAGCCUAUUCUACUCGCCCGCGAAGCUCUGACUUCUCUCAUCCAUGACAGCCGCUUCGACAUCCCCUUCCCAGCGCAUGGUUCUCUCUGGGAUGCGACCAGUCCCAUCGAGUGGGCUGCAGCUGCUCAGCAGUACCCUUACACGCCAUCAUACGUCGACGAGGUUACUUCCACGUCCCUACCAAGGCCUCUCGAUACCUUCCAAUCAUCUGUCAUCCUCUCCGUGCACUACAGUCGCCACAAGGCCUCAACACCAUACAUGUCCUCAUCGACGACCUCAAGCCUCGAACAUCUGCUUGACGACGCACCUGCCACUAAGCGCAUGCUAUCCGUAGCAAGGCUAGUACAAGUAACACCUAUUCGCGCCUUGUUGGCUGUCGCAUGCGAGUCAUGGAUCUUCUCCGAGAAAGUCGCUACCGCCCAAGCUUUCGCAGCGUUGAAGACCACCCUCCGCACAUGGAUCGCACAGCUAUGGUGCACGACCGAGACGGAAGGCGCGCCCGUCAAAGAGGCACUCAAACUCUCCAUCGACAUCCUCCAACAAGCCGUCUCGGAACAAAGAGAUCGCAUCCCCCUAGAAAUGGGCACAGACAUGUCCGUCUUCUUCGCCGCCCUGGUUCUCUGGGCUAUCACCGUCGCAGCAACUACCCGCACCAAAGCCGCCCAUCAGAAGGCCAGACAGCAAAACCGGCGACCAAGCAACUCCGAGUCUCCACCGAUAUUCUCCCCUACGACAUGGGCCUCAGCACCACCAACCUCCUCUUGUUCCUCCACCUCAACCAGCCAACCCCACUCCCCCAUCAUCUCCGCCACACCCGAAAACCCUCUGUUGUCGCACGCGCAAAUCAUCAUCAAUACGAUUUCUUUCCUCACAGACACCCUCGCCAUGUCCGAUACCACGGCUUCCACACACCAGCAUCUUGCAGACCAUGCGCGCCGCCAGACAGGUUGUAUCAGCCUGCUACUGUGGGUCAAGCUUCGUCUUCGUGGUGUUUCACUUGAAGAUCAGAGCGGUGCUGCGGCUGAUGCGUCUAGUGAGGGGCUGGGUGAGCUUUUGGAGGGUGUGGUGGGGUCUAUUGAGACGAUUUUGAAGAAGGGGUGGGGGGAUUGGGGGAUCUGA